AAAAAAAAAAAGAAAGAAUUGAAGGAAGAAACCCUAAUUUGGGCAUUCCUGCUCCCAAUUCUCCCACGUUCGUUGAUUCUUCUUGAUUUGAUUCGCGGUUCUUGGGUUUGAUUCUUCGAAAAGGCGUUGAAUUGAAGUGGAAAUUCGCUAUGGAUUCGAUCUGCGCGAGCACGUCGAUCAUUGCACAUCAGGUGUUUGAUAGAAAGUCUCAAUCGGUGGUUUGCCGGAUUCCGAUUGUGGAGUUCGCCGGUAGGCGGGUGAGGAGGUCGUGGAGCUUGAGAAUGGUGGCCAGGCAGCGGAAAGAUCGAGUCUUGGGUCUGGCUGUGCGGGCGCAAGCGGCGGAGGUCACUAAAGAGGCGUAUGCUUUCAGGGAGGAUAGAAUUCGGAUACCUCGGGGGUUGAACGAUGGAAGUGAUUCUGGGUUGAGCCAUGGCCGGCUGUGGCCACCGGCGAACAAGGCUGAUGAUCCGGCGCUGCAUAAUCCGUUGCUACGGCAGGAGAGGAUGGGGUGUGGAUGGCUGGGUGUGAUAUUUGAAUGGGAGGGUGUUGUUGUGGAGUAUGAUCCUGAAUUGGAGAAACAAGCUUGGUUGGCAUUGUCCCAAGAAGAAGGAAAGUCCCCGCCUCCAGGAUUUGUAUUGAAGAGGAUUGAGGGAAUGAAGAAUGAGCAAGCCAUUUCAGAAGUUCUUUGUUGGUCUAGAGACCCUUCAGAGCUCCGGAGAUUGGCCUCGAGGAAGGAGGAGAUAUAUCAACGUCUCAAUGGUGAGUUUCACCAGUUUCGGACCGGUUCACGGGAGUUCUUGGGUUCUCUUAUCAAUAACGGUAUUCCAAUGGCGGUAGCUUCAACAAGGCCGAGGAAAUUCCUUGAGGAAUCAAUGGUUGCAGUUGGUGUGGAAGGUUCAUUCAGUGCCAUUGUCGCUGCAGAGGAUGUGCAUAGAGGGAAGCCGGAUCCAGAGAUGUUUGUUUAUGCGGCUCAGCUUCUUAGUGUUAUACCAGAGCGUUGCAUUGUGUUUGGCAAUUCAAAUUCGACCGUGGAGGCUGCUCAUGAUGCUCAGAUGAAGUGUGUGGCUGUUGCGAGCAAGCAUCCGGUUUAUGAACUCGGGGCGGCAGACCUUGUGGUGAGGAAGCUGGAUGAGCUUUCAAUUGUUGAUUUGAAGAACCUUGCAGACAUUGACUCAUCAGAGUUUGAAUCACAGGAACCAGAGUUGGAAAUGGAGUAGACUAUUAUCAGUGGUUACCGAUGAUUCUCUCAGAGAUCUGGGAGAAUACCUUGUAAAUAGCCUGGGGGCAUGUAUAUAUCUUUGAUAUGUACAUCCCUUGGAUCUUUGGAUUGGUGGAUCCUCAAAAACAAGCAAAUGACAUAUUCUUUUCCACAUGUUGAAAAGGAACUGAGUAAUGGAAAUUGUUGUGUGGUUCUGGAAGUUGUCAUUUCUAAUACUCUCAAUUGAAGUGUAUAAACAUGGUAUUGGAUUUAUAUAUUAAAUUGUGGGCUUCUUCUUGUUAAACUGUGAAAGGUACAGCACCAUAAGUUCUUGAGUUCUUGUUUGUUGUAAAACUAAAUUUUCGCCCUAUAUUGCU